ACACGGAGUCGCUGUUGGCGCUCUUGGAGAAGCGGGAAGCGCUGUACGAGAAAGCGGCGCACUUCACCUUUUUCAAUCACGAAGAAGUGGGUGAUCAUGCGCUUGUCGAGGGGGAGACCAAACCUGCUUCGAGCGACAUCUCGAGUACUAGCUGCAACCCCGUGAUUUGCCAGUGGGCCUACCACGCGCUGGGACUGCAGGCGUGCGGGUUCAACCACAAGCUCCAGGCGCUCGUCCCGUACCAGCUGGCGCCCGGGUCGACGUUUGUCAGUCUCAGCUUGGAGGAUUUGAAGAGCCACGGAAACAGUGUGGAAAAGUUAGUUUCCGCCUGCAAGAAACUGCUCCGGGAAAACCGCACGCACUUCAUCGAGCUGCGCGCGGACUUAUUUCUCGAGAAGGUACAACAACCACUUGUGGACGGAGAUGAAACUGUUGCCGCGACAGCAUCGACAGCAAGAAACGGAGCGGGAACUGCUGUGGCCGAGGAGGACGUUGCGUCCUCGCCGGUGCUGUUCGAACAGAUUCUCGCGGAGUGCUUUCGGCAGCAGGUAUUUUAUCCUGAGUAAAAACGUACCCACACCAGAGUCAGGAUGGGGAUUUUGCAACACAAACCUAGGAGUUUUGUGAGUCACGCAUGACAAGUUGCACUCUGCAGUGUAGUGCAGGUUAGCAAGUGCAGCCGCGUCACAGAUUCAUCUGCUCAUCCUGUUCACAGCAUUACAAAUUCCAAAACACGACUGGAAAUGGCUCUCAUGGGGAUGCGCAUUACAAGUCUUCCUGUCAUUGCAGAUCUGCAUUACAACUCUGGUGUGGGUACGUUUUUGCUCAGGAUAUGUUUCAGCUCAUCUUCACGUUGCGGUCCACGGGCGAGGGGGGCAAGUUUGCGAACACCAGCGCGUCCACGGCACGGGAGAAGGCGCGGAUCUACCGCGCGGCGGCGCGGCAGGGCACGGCGGUCUUCGACGUGGAGGUGGUGACGGACGCUGGUCUGCUGCCGAGCGACUUCCUCCCCACGCCCGCGGGAAGCCCCGCGGGGCAGAAGGUGGUCCUGUCCGCGCACUCGGACGACUACCCCCUGAUCAAGACGGCGCUGCUGAAAAAGCGCGCGGAGUUCGGGUGCGCCCGGAUUUUGGCCUACAAAAUCGUGUCCGUCGCGAAGAACCGGCCGUUACUGGAGGAGUUUGUCGCCAAGGAACUGGGCGAGGACGGCGUGCCGGUCAUCCUCAUCUACCGCGACGAUGCAGCCUCGCGCGUGUGGAACAAGUUCCUGACCCCGGUGUGUUUGACGAAACCGGUGUUCCCGGGUCAGCUCUCCCUGACGGAGCUGGAGGCCGGGCGCCAGCUGUUUUUCGGUACCACACGACCGGGAGGUAGUUCCCUAGUCAACCACUUCUAUCUCGUGGGAAACCCGAUCUACAAGUCCAAGAGCCCUCUGUGGCACAACUAUUGGUUUGACAGAAUCACAGCAGAGGAAAUAUUAAUACAAACCACCGCGGAUGCAGAAAAGCAGAAGAGUGGCUUUACCGCGGCGGAAAGUUCCGCCGUAGUUCCCCUGUCUUCAUCUCAGCUUUCCGCAGGAGGCGGCCUUCAAGGGCAUGCUUCAACAAAAAUGUCCGCAGCGAAUAACUACCACUACGCGCUGUUCCCAACUUCGAGCGCGGAAACAGUCAAGCGGGAGCUACUGGACAACAAGGCAACUACGGGCCUGUCAGUCACCAUGCCGUUGAAGGAAAAGCUGUUUCCCUACCUGGACUCAGUGUCCCCGGAGGCGCAAAAGAUCGGGGCCGUGAACACUGUGUACCGCCUGCUAUCUGGCGGUACUUCGCAAAGCAAAAAUGGUCCGACUUCUUCUAAGGAGAACAGCAAUUAUGCUACCACCUCCAGCAUGCCAGCAGCGACCAGCGAGCUCACUGUUACUGCACCGCUCUCGUGCACCAGCCCACUGACGCGUGCUCAAAAUAACCGGUUAUCAAAUGUAAAAAUGUCUGGGUCUGGAAGAAUGCAAGUUUGUCAUGCUUGUCUGGCAUGACUCGAGAAUCUGUCGUGCACGUUACCCACGAUCUGCGUUUUUCUGUGAUGCAGAAGCGCAGUUUGUCAUGCAGAAUAGGCAACACCUAGGAGCUCAGAAACUUGUCAUGCUGAGCCAGCAUUUGUAGCCUCAUCAUGAGAGGCUACCUAGCAUCACAAGUUCCCAGACCCAGACAUUUUUACAUUUGAUACCGAUGGGCCGGAGACAACACGGACUGGCUCGCUCUGCGCGACGUACUGGCGGAGAAGGUAGUGCGAAGAUCUGCGAGCAGCUAUUGAAAAGAAAAAUCCCCCCUCCCCAUAUUGAAAAGGUAUGUCUCCGAAAAUUUGUGUUGCUGAUUUGAGGUCACAAAUCAGAUUUGUCUUGCAAGAAGGCAACUCUACAGUCUUCGCCGCACUAUGCGAGCGGUUUGUGAUGCCGCUUGGGCCACAGCUUAGACAUUUUUGAUGCUAAGUGUCCACGUCAGAAGCUCUGCACUCAGGGACGGCAUAUGCCUCCAGUCCUCUACUGCAAGACAGCUCUGAUUUGUGUACGGAAAUCCAGCAUCAGAAACUUCGUUUUGAUAUGGGGAGGGGGGAUUUUUCCUCACAAUACGAGCAGCGGACCAGGAGCAUCCUUCAGCGUCGCGGUAAUCGGCACUGGUGGCACCGCGCGGGCAGCGUGCUACGCGCUGCAGCAUCUGCACCUCCCCUUUUCCGUCGUGGCACCGCGGGACCUGGCGAAAGCGGAAAAACUCGCGGAGGAAUUCCGUCUACCAACCACGUCUGCAGCUGGAGGGUCACCGCCCGAUGUGGGCGUUUCUCGUGCGAGCACGGAGGCGGGAAAGGGGAAAGCAGUGGCAGCACCGACCUCCUGCUACCUGUUGCAGGACCUGAUGACCGGCGGUGUCGCCAGCAGCGAGAAAGCUGUCUUCGACGUUGCAAUCAGUUGCGUGCCGCCGGAAAUCGAGAUUGUUGGUCCCGCGCCGUCAUCGGGCGCAUCAAGUGGCUGCUGGUACAACGAGCUGAUCGACUUCGCGUACGGUUCCGAAAGGCGCGAAAAAACAACAGUGGACGGACUGGAACUCCUUGCGCGACAAGCAGAGCACCAGUUAUCACACGCGAGUCUCGUCAUGAUCCAGGUCCUUCAUGUCCGUUUCUCUUGUUCUCUGGUUUGAAAAGUGCCGCUGAGGAAACAAAUUUUCUUGGUUCUGGUUGCAUGUCGCAUGAGAACUCCGGAAAGAUUUGCAAGCAAGUACGUU